AUGGCAUGCAACAACGCUCUCGACAACCCCGACUCCUAUGCAGUCGCCUGGAUUACUGCUCUUCCCGUUGAGCGGGCCGCUGCAGAAGCGAUGCUCGAUGAGGAACAUGCAACUCCCGCUGGUUUCACUAGACACCAAACUGACGAGAACGUCUAUACGUGGGGUCGCGUGGGAGAGCACAACAUCGUCAUUGCCUCACUUGCCGCUGGAGUCUACGGAACUACCUCGGCUGCGACCACGGCCUCGAGCCUGCUUGCCUCUCUGCCAUCCAUCCGUCUUGGCCUUUUUGUCGGCAUAGCCGGCGGCAUCGCCCGACCGGACGAGGGCCACGAUAUCCGGCUUGGCGACAUCGUCGUGAGCCAGCCCGAUGGGACCACGGGCGGCGUCUGCCAGUACGACUUGAUCAAAGCAAAGUCUGGUGACAAACGUGAGCGCAAGGGCUUCCUCGGGCGGCCUCCGACGGUCCUCCUCAAUGCGCUUACCAAAAUCCAGGCCGUUCACGAGCGGGAAAACCCCGAAGUUCCCUGCUUCCUUCAAGAGAUGCUGAAGAAGAACCCGAAGAUGGGUAAGAGAUCCAAGAAAAAUCCCGGCUAUGCUCACCAGGGCGCCGACAACGACCACCUCUUCAAAGCUUCAUGCGACCACGUCCCCGGGCCGGACUGUCGGGGCUGUGACACGGCUGGCGAGAUUCAACGCGAUCCUCGAGACACUACCGACCCGGAAAUCCAUUACGGGACCAUCGCAUCCGGCAACACACUUGUCAAAGACGCCGCUGCGCGCGAUCGGAUUGUUGCUGACGUCGGCGAGGAUUGCAUCUGCUUUGAGAUGGAAGCGGCCGGCCUGAUGAAUCACUUUCCCUGCCUUGUGAUCCGAGGGAUCUGCGACUACGCCGAUUCCCACAAGAACGAUCGAUGGCAACGCUACGCCUCGGCCACCGCCGCUGCGUAUGCCAAGGAGCUCCUGGCGUACGUGCCGGCCGCGGAGGUCCAGGAGACCAAGAGAGCACUGGAAGUGCUUCAGUUGGUUCAACAACAGAUCGAUGGCGUGCAGCAGACGACAGUUGCAACGAAAGCUGCAACUGAUUCCAUCAGGUCUGACCUUCGUACCAAUAUGAUCAAGCGCUGGUUUUGCCCCCCAGAUUCGUCUACAAACGCCAACCACGCGAGGAAGCUCCGCCAUGAGGGGACGGGCGCGUGGCUCCUGAAAAACCCGGUCUUCCAGGAGUGGCAAUCGGGAUCGCGUCGACAUUUAUGGCUGAAUGGGCUUGCGGGAUGUGGAAAGACGGUUCUCAGCGCGACUGUGCUGGAUCAUCUCACGGAGGGAAACGACCGUCCUAUCCUCAGCUUCUUCUUUGAUUUUAGCGACACGACAAAGCAGACCUUGGAUGCCAUGCUGCGGUCGCUUGCUUUCCAACUUUACCAAGGCCGGACUGGUUUUGCAGGUCUUCUUGAGGCCUCAUUCCAAGCACACCAGGAUGGCCGCGACCAACCUGCUACAAAGACGCUCGAGGAAGUUGUGUGCAAGAUGCUUGCAGUCCAGAAACGCUAUAUUGUUCUGGACGCCUUGGACGAAUCGACAACAAGGGGUGAACUUCUCCUGUGGAUGAAGGACGUAAUAUCUAGGCCAGAGUUGGGCGACGUCCAGCUGAUAUGUACCGGUCGGCCUGAACCCGAGUUCAUCCGCAACAUCCCCUCGUUGAUAGGCGAGGAAAACUGCUUAGCACUUGACAAGGAGUCCGUCAACGCCGAUAUCCGAUCGUACGUCGCAGCACAGCUUUUACAACGACCUGAUUUUCGGGACAAGCGCUUGUCCCAGGAUCUCCUCGAGAGGAUCCAGAGCAAGGUUGGCAAUGGAGCCGACGGGAUGUUUAGGUGGGCGGUCUGUCAAUUGGACAGCCUGGCUCGAUGUCCUCAUGUGAGGGCUAUUGAGGAAGCUCUCGCAUCUCUGCCGCAGAACCUGGAAGAGACAUAUCGUCGCAUGAUUCAACUUAUACCGACGAAGCUUAAAAACGACGCGGUGCGUCUCCUGCAGUUUCUAGUGCAUUCGAAGCGACCUCUCAAGCUGGCCGAGGCUAAAGAAGUAAUAGCAACACAGAUCGAACAUGAGCCACGAGGGUUUGACGUCAAGCGUCGACUCUUUUGCGAGACGGACGUUUUAGCCUACUGUCCCAACUUAGUGACAGUCGUUCACGCCACCGAUAAAGAGCUACAUCUUGCCCACUUUUCCGUCAAAGAGUACCUACUGGGAGAGAACCAGUUCAACAUUGCAACUGCCAGCAUUUCCAUCACCAGGACGUGCUUGACUUACCUUACGGAUAUCAGCGGUAGCCACAUCGAAAUCAAGCGGGAUUUUCCGAUGGCAAGAUAUGCGGCGAAAGUCUGGACGGGCCAUGCUGCGUUGGCUCAGGCUUCGGAAGAUAUAGUUCGAGCGACAGUCAGGUUCCUAGAAGAGGAAGCGACGUUCCAACGAUGGGCUCGAUUGUAUCAGCCUGAUAAGGAUUGGGACAGUGACCCAGGUCCUCCACGAGGUUCUAGGCUCUACUAUGCUUGCUUCUCUGGGCUCGUAGCGCCUGCGAGAGAUCUUAUCGGCAAGGGAGCGGACGUCAACGCGCAGGGCGGCCGGUACGGCAACGCUCUCUAUGCCGCCUCAUCUCAGGGCCAUCUCGAGAUUGGAGCGGACGUCAACGCGCAGGGCGGCCUGUACGGCACCACUCUCCAUGCCGCCUCAUCAGGAGGCCAUCUCGAGAUUGUGCAGCUGCUCUUGGACAAGGGAGCGGACGUCAACGCGCAGGGCGGCCUGUACGGCACCACUCUCCAUGCCGCCUCAUCAGGAGGCCAUCUCGAGAUUGUCCAACUGCUCCAAGGAAGGGGCGCUAUUACAUCGUCUUCAAAGUGGUCCGGCUCUAGGUCUCCAAUGAACCUGACGAAGAAACUUCGUGUCGUGUCUCCCGAACCUUCUAAUCACACUCAAUAA